GCCACCCCGCCCCACCGGAAGGAGAGUCGCCGAGGUGGGGGCGGAGCCACAAAAGGGAUUGUGGGAGAAAGGCUUCUUCCUUUCCUCUGGCGGCAGCCAUCAGGUGAGCCAAGAUGGGUGCAUACAAAUACAUCCAGGAGCUAUGGAGGAAGAAGCAGUCGGACGUGAUGCGCUUUCUCCUGAGGGUCCGCUGCUGGCAGUACCGCCAGCUCUCGGCGCUGCACAGGGCUCCCCGCCCCACCCGGCCUGACAAAGCGCGAAGGCUGGGAUACAAGGCCAAGCAAGGUUAUGUCAUAUACAGGAUUCGUGUCCGUCGUGGUGGCCGCAAACGCCCAGUUCCUAAGGGUGCAACUUAUGGCAAGCCUGUCCAUCAUGGUGUUAACCAGCUAAAGUUUGCCCGAAGCCUUCAGUCUGUUGCUGAGGAGAGAGCUGGACGCCAUUGUGGGGCUCUGAGAGUCCUGAAUUCUUACUGGGUUGGCGAAGAUUCCACAUACAAAUUUUUUGAGGUUAUUCUCAUUGAUCCAUUCCAUAAAGCUAUCAGAAGAAACCCUGACACCCAAUGGAUCACCAAACCAGUCCACAAGCACAGAGAGAUGCGUGGGCUGACAUCUGCUGGCCGCAAGAGCCGUGGCCUUGGAAAGGGCCACAAGUUCCACCACACUAUUGGUGGCUCUCGACGUGCAGCCUGGAGAAGGCGCAAUACUCUGCAGCUCCAUCGUUACCGCUAAUACACGUAAUGUUUGUAAAAUUCAUACCCAAUAAACAAUUUAGGAACGUCAUGUCUGCUUAAAGUUGUUAUUUGUCUGUUAAAAUAAGUCUGCAGAUUGUCAUGAAGCUUUAUGGAAUUAUAGCGGUUAAAGUGCAAUAAUGUUUGAAGGCUACAAGUGAUGGUGUGUCUUGUUUCUGAUAACCUUUUUGUCUUUGUAUUACCUACUUAGGGGGUUUAAGUGUAUGGUGUUAACACCAUGUGGUACCCUGUGUGUAAAAUCCUGUAAAAGGAGUCCUAGGACUAGCCCUGUAGAUGUGUUUGGUGCAUGUGAUAGAACCUACAGCUUUAUUGGGAUGAUGCAGUCUUCUAGUUUGCUGAAGUGACUGCUUGGGAGUUUGAGUACAAACUUUUAGAGUUGGGUUUUGCUUAGAAAUGAAUAGGAAGAGAAGCUUUUCAACCUGUUUGUGAACAUGCGUAGAAAAGAGAUCAGCUACAACCCACAUUUUGAAAAUUGAAUCCAGUGUCCCAUUUUCAGAAGAAUCAGGUAAAAUUGGAAGGUUUCGUUUUCUGUUAGAUCUCUGGAGUAUGAGUUUGAUGCCAAGUAAUGGGUAUUUGCACCUGUGUAUUUUGAAGUUGGAGAUUGAAAAUUGGAUGGGGUGGGGCAUGUUUAGGGGUGGUAUGGUAAGGUUGCCCUUGAAAGGGCAAAUUGUUUCCCUUAAGGUUUGUAAACUAGUGAUGGGUGCCAUGUGGGGUUCAAGUUAAUACCAACCAAGUAAACUUAAAAAGUUGUGAUGAAGUUAGUAUGCAAUCACUAAGAAGCUUCUAUCCACUAGCCACAUAAAAAGGGUGGCUGGGUAGUUAAAGGUAAAUCCUAGACCAGUCAGUUCAUCUUGGAGGUAAGAAAAGUCAGUUGGCAGUAUGACUUCAUUGUUUACAGUCUUCCCUUAGGUAGUGGCUAGGGUUACUUGUCCCUGGUAUAUUACCUGGGAGUUGUUGACAUUUCACAAAGGCCACACAUACCGCCACAUUUUUGUUUGUGCCAUUCCUUGAACUAGUUUCCCACAGUACAUUUUAGUAUGGAAGAAAUAGAUAAUUGCCCUUAUCACAGAUCUGGGCUAGCAGGCUUGAUUUAAAAAAAAAAAAACAAAACUAACUGAUGCCUUUAAACUUUUUUUUUUUCUCUUCAGAUUUUUAAAGGAUGAUUUUAUUGAUUUCCAGAAAAUACUAGACUCAAAAUCUUGGGACCUAGAAUUCUUUUCUAUUCAGCAAAACAAAUCAUUGUGUAUAGAGGUUGUUCAACUAAAGUAAUAAAUGUCUGUUAAACAAGUGGA